AUGGAUUUCAACACCUGGAACAUGUUCUGGAGAAUAUGUUUUGGAUUUUUAGCUUCUUUUAUCGCUGCUGGAAAUAUUCUCAUUAUCUGCAUAUUUUUUAAGCUGAGACGCCGAAAGCGUUCCUCAUUUCUUCUGAUCGGUUUGGGCGUGGCCGAUUUACUAGUUGGAGGACUGGCCAUUCCUCUUUUCAUAGCAGGAUAUGAAACCUCCUCAUUAAAAACAGUGUUUGUGUUCGAACGUGUUGACAUGUUUACAGGCACAUCGUCCAUUUAUACACUUGCUGUUAUUUCCUUGGAGAGAAUGUUCGCAAUAGGUUGGCCACUUAGUCAUAGAACUCUAAACUUUCGUGUUUACAUCUGUGCCAUCGUCAUACCGUGGAUAAUAGCAGUAAUAUUCACUAUUCUCAUGUAUGCAGGCUCAAUCCUCGACAGCGACAGUGUAAUCUGCCUUCUAGUUUUGUUUCCCACUACACCUCUAUUGGUUAUGAGUGUAGCGUAUUAUGUCAUUUGGAAGAAACAGAAAUCACGCAUGGUUAACCACAAUCAUGUCAUUAGAGAAGUAAAACUAGCAAACACAUUAUUUAUAAUAACAGGAGCUUCUCUUUUAACAUGGCUUCCAUUUCAGAUUCUUAAUCUUUCAGCAUCUUUGCAUAUGAAUGCAAAUAUUCCUCAUAUGCAACUUAUGACACUAAUCGUCAAGGCUUUACAAUAUAGCAAUUCGUUCGUAAACGUAAUUAUUUAUCCACUAAGAAUCCCCGAGUUUAAAAACUGCCUGCUUCACUUACUUCGUUGUUGUGUAGUUCCCUCUCAGGUUUUUAACUCUGGGUUAUCUCCAUUAACCGAGUCUGGGUCAGUUGUGUCCUUAGUAAGAUUUACAAGUACGCAGCUCUUAUCACCGAUCUCUAGGCAGGAAAGUGCGGUUUGA